CAUUUCUCCACCAACACACACUCUCUCUCUCUCUUUCUCUCUCUCUGCAGCAAAAAUGGCGGAAAAGAGCCUCUUGUCUCACAUUCUCUUCGUUUUGGCUUUCUGUCUCUACCUUCACUCUGCUCUCUCUCGCAGCUUAUCGUCAUCGGAGUCAGAAGAAGAGCACUCUCACUCUCACUCUCACUCUCACUCUCAAUCUCACUACACAACCACAACUGUCUUGGAUGUAUCAGCUUCCAUCCAACGAACUCUUCACCUACUCUCUUUCCAUCCCCAACAACAACAACAACAGAAAUCAAUUACAGUACCUUCAUCUUCAUCAUCUUCGUCGUUCUCUCUCUCUUUACACCCUCGCUAUUCUCUCCUCAAAACCAACCACAAGGACUACAAAACCCUAACUCUCUCCCGACUCGACCGCGACUCCGCCCGACUCAACUUCAUCAACACCAAGCUCGAGCUCGCCCUCAAUGGCGUCAAUAGGUCGGUGCUCAAGCCGGUGGCGACGACCAUUUUAGAUCCGGAGAGCCUCCAAACGCCCUUAACCUCCGGCGCCAGCCAAGGCAGCGGCGAGUACUUCUCUCGAGUCGGCGUCGGCUCUCCUGCGACUCAGUACUACAUGGUGGUCGACACCGGCAGCGACAUCAGUUGGCUCCAAUGUCAGCCCUGCACCGACUGUUACCAGCAAUCCGGCCCGAUCUUCGACCCGUCCGGAUCCUCCUCGUACCGUUCUAUCUCCUGCGGAUCGGCUCAAUGCAGCGCUCUCGAGGUCUCAGCUUGCCGGACCGACUCGUGCCUCUAUCAGGUCUCCUACGGCGACGGCUCGUUCACCGUCGGCGACUUCGCCACCGAAAAGCUGUCUUUCGGCAACUCCGGCUCGGUCAACAACGUCGCGAUCGGCUGCGGCCACGACAAUGAAGGCUUGUUCGUCGCGUCGGCGGGGCUGCUAGGGCUCGGCGGCGGUACUCUCUCGCUCACUUCGCAGCUCAAAGCGUCUUCGUUCUCGUAUUGCCUCGUCGAUCGCGACUCCACCGGGUCGUCGUCGACUCUCGAGUUCAACUCAGCGACUCCCGGCGACUCAGUCACUGCUCCGUUGCUUCGAAACUCACAAAUUCGUACGUAUCGCUACGUCGCACUCACCGGAAUGAGCGUCGGCGGGCAACCGCUGGCUCUGUCGCCGUCGGUGUUCGACGUGGACACCACCGGCCGCGGCGGUGUGAUCGUCGACUCAGGAACGGCCGUGACUCGGUUGAAGACUCAGGUUUACAACUCGCUGCGUGACUCGUUCGCUAAGAUGACUCAGAACUUGCCGUCGACAAGUGGGUUCUCAAUCUUCGACACGUGUUACGAUCUCUCGUCCAAGCAGACUGUGUCCAUCCCGACGGUGUCGUUUCAUUUCUCGGGAGGCAAAACGCUGAGCUUGCGACCCCAGAAUUACCUGAUACCGGUUGAUUCCGCCGGGAAGUUCUGUUUCGCUUUCGCGCCAACAGAUGGGUCCCUGUCUAUCAUCGGCAACAUACAGCAGCAGGGGACACGUGUCAGUUACGAUCUUGCCAACUCUCUUGUUGCCUUCAGUCCAAAUAAAUGUUAAAAAAAAAAAUAAUUACUUAAAAAUCUUAUUUAUAAUUGUUAUGCUAGUUCGGUCUUAUUUAAAAUUUGAGAACGAA